CCGCGAGGAGGUAUAGAACUCGAUUUGUCCCGCAUGGAACAUGGGAGUCACUGGUCUCAUUGCUACAAUCCGUGAGUAUCUCGCUGCUCUAUUGUCCCUCGCAGUUGCUAAAUCGAUAUGUCUAGCCCUACUUUAUUAUAGUAGUUUGUUCCGACUAAAAGCUGUCACCGAGACGCCCCAGUGUAUCGUAGGUGAUCACAUUAGGUUACUCUUCGUUACAGGUGCCUCGUUGUCCUUAUGUAUCUCCCGCCUGCGGUGCUGUGUCCUUUGUAUGAACAUAUUUUCCUUUCUUGUUUGAUGUGUCCAUCCUUUAAGAUCUCAAGUAUG